GUGUGACAUAGAUAUGAGGUAAACGCGAAGUUUGAGUUCAAAUACUGAUUUCAAUUUUCAAUUCUCCUCCUCCCUUGUUCACGAAGUUAUCCACCGCUUUCUCGAUAAUAGCUAACACAUGCUACUUAACCUCCAAACUAAGCAAUGCAUCUUCACCAUGUGCUCAUAUUAAUUCCCAACGCCACUCAGAGCACAAAUCGAAUGAACCAACUAUUCAAUUUUACAACCUCACUAACCUCAGUCACCUCAUAACAUUUUCAUACAAUUUCUUUGUCAGAUGAAAACUAUAUAAAAAAAUAAAUAUGAUAGGAAAAAUUGUUAUUUCUUUCAUCUUGGCACUCUUAAUCUUCAUUCCAUGCUCAAUUUUAAUCGGAACACUUGACAUUCGAUCUUAUUAUCAAUCACCGGCGGUUAUUGCAUCACCUCCGUGCACGGAUGAAACUCCGUUAAGAGUUUACAUGUACGAUCUCCCCCGCCGGUUCAAUGUUGGCAUGCUGGACAUACGGAAUACGACGGAAGCUCCGGUGACAGUUGUUGAUUAUCCGUUGUGGCCUGAUAAUUCUGGUUUGAGGAAGCAGCAUAGUGUGGAGUAUUGGAUGAUGGGUUCGCUUCUUAAUGGUGGUGGGAAUGGAAGUGUAGCGACGAGGGUUUUCGAUCCUGAGCUUGCUGAUGUGUAUUUUGUUCCAUUUUUUUCUUCUCUUAGUUUCAAUAUCCAUGGUCAUCAUAUGACGGAUCCUGAAACGGAGAUUGAUCGACAAUUGCAGAUUGAUUUGAUGGGAUUAUUAAGGCAAUCUAUGUACUGGCAAAGGUCUGAAGGUAGAGAUCAUGUAUUUCCUAUGACACAUCCCAAUGCCUUUAGAUUCUUGCGAGAUCAACUGAACGAGUCUAUUCAGGUUGUUGUUGAUUUUGGUCGUUACCCCAAAGGCGUGUCUAAUUUGAACAAAGAUGUAGUGUCUCCAUAUGUACAUGUUGUGGAUUCUUAUAUAGAUGAUGAGCCUCAAGAUCCGUUUGAGAAUCGCACAAUGCUGCUUUUUUUCAGAGGGAGGACACACCGUAAGGAUAAAGGCAUUGUUCGUGCUAAAUUCACAAAGAUAUUAGCUGGUCUUGAUGAUGUUCACUACGAAAGAAGUUAUGCUACAGGAGAAAACAUAAAAUUGUCAUCUAAAGGGAUGCGUUCAUCAAAAUUCUGUUUGCAUCCAGCAGGAGACACACCUUCCUCUUGCCGCCUUUUUGACGCAAUCGUGAGUCACUGUGUUCCUGUUAUUGUGAGUGAUAAAAUUGAACUCCCAUUUGAGAACGAGAUUGACUACUCUCAGUUCUCAUUGUUCUUUUCUUUCAAAGAAGCAUUGGAGCCAGGCUACAUGAUCAAUCAGCUUCGCAGUUUUCCAAAGCAAAAAUGGACUGAAAUGUGGAGGCAACUUAAAAACAUCUCCAAUCAUUAUGAAUUCCAUUAUCCACCAAAAAGGGAAGAUGCUGUUAAUAUGCUGUGGAGACAGAUCAAGCACAAGCUUCCGGGGAUCACACAAUCUGUUCAUAGAAGCCAGAGGCUUAAAAUCCCAGAUUGGAAGAGAUGAUUUUAAGAUCCCUGUUCCAUCUUACUAGUACUUGUACAUUCAUUCAACAAUUACAGCGGCAUCCCUGAAAGGGAAGAUUAUAUCGACACAACCACUUCAAAUAUUAGAAAUUUCAAAUAGAGAUUUGAUAGGAUUUUAAUAUGUGAUUUUUUUGGUCAUUGGCCUCUGAUUUGGCUGACAUUUUAACCUCACUUGGGAUCAUGAUGGUCAUCUACAUUCUCUGUGUGGAUGAAGAUUCAAUGAUUUUCUGCCACUUCUGGAAGCACAAUGGAUGCUUAUCUUUCUGGUCAUUUUGGUUGAAUGCGGACACUGCUACGCUCUCCGGAUUCAUAAACAAGCCAAAGGCUUGGGCUACAAGAAAAUGGUAAUCUGAGGUUUUUGAGUGUAACUGCCAGACUGAUAGAGGUCAGUAAGUAGAGGAAGUAAAAAGACACAAAAGAAAGAGAUUACAAUAGUUUACUGUCAUUCAUGCUCUUUUUUUUCUUCUUUUGGUGAAAAGUCAUUCAUGCUCCUGUUACUCAACCAACCAGUUUGUAGUUUGUACAUACUUCAUGUUAUUGAAAUAGAAUAAUAAAUUUCUUUGGAAUUCCUUUGAUUGGGGAGUUUAUUUUCUAUGUGAUGCUUGUUGGAUGUUUGUUGCUUUGCAAGAUUUUUAGUCUUAUAUGAAGCUUAACAGAUGUCAGUGACAA